AUGCCGCGUGCCCAAGCCGAGCAGCAAUCUGAGAGAGAGGUUUUGCAUGAACUUUCGAUCGUGGAUGUUGGGUGCGGAGGAGGCAUCUUAGCAGAGGAGCUUGCUCGUUCUGGCGCUCAUGUUCUUGGCAUCGACGCCGCCAAACAAAAUAUAGCGGUAGCAGAAGAACAUGCCAAGCUGAGUGGGGUUGGAGGAGGAAGCUUGAAGUAUCGGCACGUGACGGCAGACGAUCUGAUACAAGAGAAGAAAACUUUUGACGUUGUUGUCUGCAGUGAGGUGCUGGAGCACGUGUCGGACUUACACCUGAUGGUGAAUCAAUUGAUGCAGCUCGUGGCUCCGCGGGGAGCCCUGUACAUCACCACAAUGAACAAGACGACCUUGUCCUACGGCAUCGUAGCGGCAGAGCGACUGCUGAAACUUGUUCCGGAUGGCACGCAUGAUUGGAACAAGUUUGUCAAGCCUGAAGUCCUCACGGAGCAGCUAUCCUGCUCUGGACUUGGGGCAGCUUACAACCCUCUCAUCAAUCGAUGGCAUCCUGUUCCUGAUCUCAGCGUCAACUACUUGCUGUUUGCUCAUAGGAAGGCGGCUUGUUAG